GUGGUUCAUAUCUCUGGGUGUCUUCCAACAAGAGACGCACUACAUGACAUUAUAUGUAUAUGUAUAACACGAUGAGACAGCAAUUCAGUUGAUCAUUGAUUACGAGUCGCUUGUAGGAAGGCUCCCUCUCUCCCUCUCUCUCUCUCUCUCUCUCUCUCUUCUCCCUCCUAUCUCCUACAGGCAGGCUGUUAUUAUCUAUCAUUUUGCUUUUAUUGUUUCUUCCGAAUCUUAAGGAAGGAUAUAAAAAGAUACUCUGAAGCACUCAGGUAGUGUUUUUGUAGCUACACAAGGUGCAGUCGUGGGCAAUCGUGGGCGUGGUGUUUUAUGUUAUAUGUGUGCGUACAGUCUAUUUUGAGUCGACGAUCUUACUGGUCGUGCUAGUGAAGUGACGAAUAUUCGAGAGAUAUAUAGUAGAGCUUAUUCGUUGUUAGUACUUUUAUUUCCAGCUUCCUCCAACGGCCUUGCACACACGCUUCCUGUUGUAUACACCUAUCUAUAUUAGUCGGCGAUAACAAUGGCUGGUAUUCCGACAAUCACAUUUUCGAAUGGACACAAAAUGCCGAUGUUGGGCCUCGGAACUUAUAAGUCUCAGAUGGGGGAUGUGAAAAGAGCUGUUAAGGAUGCGAUAGAUCUAGGAUAUCGUCAUAUUGAUACAGCUUUCUUUUAUGUUAAUGAGAAAGAGAUCGGGGAAGCUAUCCGCGACAAAAUUAAAGAUGGUAGCGUGACCAGAGAGGACCUAUUUAUUACCACAAAGUUGUGGAACAAUUUCCAUAAAGAAGAGCAUGUCGUCCCAGCUUGCAAACAAUCAUUGGCCAAUCUUGGUUUAGAUUAUGUGGAUCUCUUUUUAGUUCAUUGGCCAUUUGCUUUUAAAGAAGGGGAUGAUUUAUGGCCUACAGAUGCUGCUGGAAAUGUUUGCGAAUCGAAUAUCGAUUACUUGGAAACAUGGAGAGGAAUGGAAGAGUGUGUUCAUCAAGGCUUAACUCGCAGCAUCGGAAUCAGUAAUUAUAACUCCGAGCAAAUUACUCGUUUACUUAAAUCGGCUAAAAUCGCCCCAGUCAAUAAUCAGAUUGAAGUUAAUAUAAAUGUAAAUCAGGAGAAAUUAAUAGAUUUUUGCAAGAAACAUAACAUAACGGUAACUGCUUAUUCUCCUUUGGGACAACCUGGAAAUUCAGCCGGCGUCGACAAUAAAUUAAAUAAUCCUGUAAUAUUGCAACUUGCAAAAAAAUACAAUAAGACGCCGGCGCAAAUAGCACUUCGAUAUGUGUAUCAACAUGGAACUGCGCCAAUACCUAAGUCGGUAACUAAAAGUCGAAUUAAGGAAAACACUGAAUUUUUUGAUUUCACGUUAACAUCCGAUGAAAUGAAUGCUAUUCGUAAACUCGGUACUGGAGAGAGAGUGGCAUUUUUCGCCCCUGCGAAGAAUUUCAAAUACUUUCCUUUUAACAUUCCGUUUUAAAUCAGUAUAAAGCGAAAAAGGAA